GUAAACUCUCCCAAGCCUUUUCUUUCCAUUUUACAGCCAAUUCGCCUUUCGUUACUUCCAAAUUUCCAAUACUCUCUCUCAGUGAACAAAGAGGGUUCAACUAAUGUUUUAUUCUCGAUCCGCUAUUUUCUCACUGCAUUCUAAAUUAUUAAAAAAAAAAGGAAAAAAGAAAAGUUUUCUUUAAGUUCAUCAUUCCUUCUUUCACAUCAACACUCGAAAAAGCUUUCAUUUAUUCAGAUUUUAUAUCCUUUUUAUUCAGAUUCAAUGUUUUAUUUAAUUGCAUAAUUCUAUUGACAACAAUCAAUUGUGUAUAAGCAAAGCCUAUGGCCCUUCCUAUCGGCAAGCUAACGCUCAUCAUUGGUGCUGGCCUUGUUGGGUCAGUUCUUGCUAAAGAAGGACGCACAUCAAAUGUGUCUGAUUUUUUUUCUGGUGCUUUUAAGAUUGUUUUGAAGCAACUUAAACAAGAUGAUUCAUCCACUUCAAAUUCCAAACCACGAAAUGAUUCUUUGCUGCAGCAGGUUAAUAGCUUGCGGCAGGAGCUGCAACUCCUGGCAUCAAAUAGAUCUGUUACAAUUGUUACAUCAAGUAAUUCAGGAUCAGGAAAAUAUAGUAUAAUUAUUGUUGUUGUAGUUGUUGGAUCUGGCUACAUUUGGUGGAAGGGUUGGAAAAUUUCUGAUAUGAUGUUUGCAACCAGGCGUGGCUUAAAUGAUGCGUGCUCUUCUGUGGCUAAACAGCUUGAGAACGUUUACUCAUCGAUUUCGGCUACUAAGCGGCAUUUAUCUUCAAGAAUUGACAGUGUAGAUUGUAAAAUUGAUGAAUGUGCUGAAAAUACAGCUGCAACAAAGGAAGAGGUUUCUGAACUACGAGGUGAUAUGAAACUGAUAGGUGCAGAUGUGCUUUCUGUUCACCAAGUAGUGCAAUCCCUGGAGACCAAAAUAAAUAGAAUAGAAGGGAAACAGAAUGUAACAAACUUUGGAGUGGGGAAGUUGAUUGCUUUUGUAAGGGGUCUCGAAAAUAGCAAAUCCAGGGAGCAGAUUGAGGGAGCUGCAUCGAGUUCUUCAAUGCUCACACUUCAAUUGCCACCAGUAUCUGCGUCAAGGGCUGCAUCUUUGCCUGUCAAUUCGGAGCCACCAUCACCCUCUACUUCUAAUGCUUCUCACAAGCAUCCUUCGCAAAGUACUGUUUCUGCCUCUGGCCUGAAGGAUAUUUACGGUGUAUCAGACAGCGUUGGGGUGUCAAGCCUAAGCACCCGUUCUAAUGGAGUUCAUGCGUCAGAAAACUCAAACAUUGAGAACUCCCAUUCCAAUCUGUUUGGAAGAAACUUCUCUGGAAGGAAUGUUCCUAUUUUCACAAGAAGUUGCAGCGUAAUGCAGUCUUUCAAGUAAGCACUAUGUCCAAGAUUAUAAACAAUUGGAAACCUAUAAGAAAACAUAUUUUUGUACCCCGAGAGAGGGGAAGUGUUCAUAGUUAAUCUGUGGCUAGCUUAGUCAAUCCCGUUUAUGGUCACCAAUUUUGUAGAGCUGAUGUUAUCGAUUGCUAUUAGGAUAUGUAUGUAAAAGUUGCUGAUACAAUUCAGAAUUUCUCCAUACGAGUAGGACAUGUUUUUUAUGUAGCACUAUAUAAGAUACAUUAUGUUUCCAUGUUCAGGAAUAAAUUUUGAGAA